UCAGCAGAAAAGCCCCUCGGGGUUGUCGACGCAGCCAAUCACGCUCCCUUCUGGAAACUUCGUCCGGUGAUUCAGCCGGCGACGCACGCAGUCGGGUAUAAAAGCGGAGCGCCGGCGCACUCCCCAGUUCAGUUCUGUUCGAGUCUCGGACCGACGCGCAUCGAUCCUUCGGCUAUUAACCUCGAAGAUGAGAGUGCUUUUGGUUCUGUUGUUUGCCGGCCUCGCCGUCGCCUCGCCUCGAAGCCGCUACCGUCGCCAACUGGUGGUGCAGCGCCCCGAGGCGGAGGCGGACGUGGAGACGGACGCAGAGUUCGUGCCUCCGAAGCAGGACACGUUCCAGCAGGAAGAAGACGAAAACGAAAAUGGGAACGGGAACGGAAACGGGAACAGGGGCGACGAGAGGGGAACGGGAUUCCAGACGUUCGUCUUCCGUCCGUUCUUCCCUCGCGUCCGGAUGCCGUUCUUCGACUUCCGUCUCCCGACCUUCAGGCCCUCGUUCGGCGCCUACCCGCCCUUUAACCGCCGUCAGCCGUUCGGGGGGGUCGUCGAGGUCGACGUCGGGGGAGACAACGACGGGGACGACUCGCAGGUGGAGGAAGACCGAUUCCCGGUCGUCCGGCCCGAAUCGUCCCGGCCGUCUCUCUUCAACUUCGGCAACGUUUUUGACGAAUUCACGCGUCAUUUCGAGGACUUGGAGCGUCGAAUGAGCGUGCUGUGGAACGCCCUGCGGAAUCGCGGCGACGACGAUGACGAUGGCGAUGGCGCUUCACCCGAUGCGUUGCCCAAUGGCUACCGCAACACCACCUCCACCACCAAGGUGGUGAACGGAAGCAUCGUGACCGUGAACGAGACCGUGCACAAGACAGGCGGCGACGACGGCCAGUCCUUCUUCCACUUCAAGGUCGUCCACAUCCGACCCGAGUUCGGCCAGGGUUCGGACGUGGAAGUGACCCAAGAGGAGGACGAAGAGGAGCAGGACUUCGAGUACCCGGGACAGAAGGGGACGGAGGCGCCCAAGGUUCCGGAACAGGAGCAGCAGGGCUCCGAAUUCCCGGGGAAGAAGCAGGAGGGAGGCUCCGAGUUCCCAGGAAAGGAGCAGGAGGACGAAUUCGAAGAGUUCCCGGGGAAUAAGGGGACCGAGUCUAUUUCCGAGGGACCCGAGCUGUUCCCGUUGGAGCCGCUGGAGGUGAACGAGGUACUCAAGGAUGACGAAAAGGUACCCGUCGUGAAUCUCGGCCAGUUGACCCUCUCGUAAGAGUCCCGAUCGUCCCCCCUCCCACUCCCACUCCCACCCCUCGACCAAAGAAUAUUUGCACCCGGAGAAGUCCUUUGUCGUCGUGACUGCAUGUCGUUUUGUUUCCAGUAGCCAUAUGCCUUGACUGUGAUUUUGACCCUUUCGGAUGUUCGUUUUUGAUUUGUUUGCUGUCCUUGGAUCAUAAAAGCAUUUGAUCGUUUUUUACGUAAGAA